AUGGCAAACUGGCUGACACUGACGGCGGCGGUGCACAAAUGCUGCGCAGCUAGCGCCAUUCGACGGCCAACACCGCAGUUCCUGGUGUGUCCGCUGCGCCCUGGAGGUACUGGGGGUAAGGCCAGUCAGCAUGAUCUAGAGCCGGAGGCUGGCACCAGUACCAGGUCUCCAGCUGCAGACUCACCAGGACCUCUUCAAGAGGAGCUGGCCCCAAAAUUGGAGGAGAGGGGAAGUUCAGGCAGCACCCCUGAGUCUGGCAGAACACAUGCAACGAGAAAAAGGCAACGAGAAAAAGGCAACGAGAAAAAGGCAACGAGAAAAAGGCAACGAGAAAAAGGCAACGAGAAAAAGGCAACGAGAAAAAGGCAACGAGAAAAAGGCAACGAGAAAAAGGCAACGAGAAAAAGGCAACGAGAAAAAGGCAACGAGAAAAAGGCAACGAGAAAAAGGCAACGAGAAAAAGGCAACGAGAAAAAGGCAACGAGAAAAAGGCAACGAGAAAAAGGCAACGAGAAAAAGGCAACGAGAAAAAGGCAACGAGAAAAAGGCAACGAGAAAAAGGCAACGAGAAAAAGGCAACGAGAAAAAGGCAACGAGAAAAAGGCAACGAGAAAAAGGCAACGAGAAAAAGGCAACGAGAAAAAGGCAACGAGAAAAAGGCAACGAGAAAAAGGCAACGAGAAAAAGGCAACGAGAAAAAGGCAACGAGAAAAAGGCAACGAGAAAAAGGCAACGAGAAAAAGGCAACGAGAAAAAGGCAACGAGAAAAAGGCAACGAGAAAAAGGCAACGAGAAAAAGGCAACGAGAAAAAGGCAACGAGAAAAAGGCAACGAGAAAAAGGCAACGAGAAAAAGGCAACGAGAAAAAGGCAACGAGAAAAAGGCAACGAGAAAAAGGCAACGAGAAAAAGGCAACGAGAAAAAGGCAACGAGAAAAAGGCAACGAGAAAAAGGCAACGAGAAAAAGGCAACGAGAAAAAGGCAACGAGAAAAAGGCAACGAGAAAAAGGCAACGAGAAAAAGGCAACGAGAAAAAGGCAACGAGAAAAAGGCAACGAGAAAAAGGCAACGAGAAAAAGGCAACGAGAAAAAGGCAAGGAGAAAAAGGCAACGAGAAAAAGGCAAGGAGAAAAAGGCAACGAGAAAAAGGCAAGGAGAAAAAGGCAAGGAGAAAAAGGCAAGGAGAAAAAGGCAAGGAGAAAAAGGCAAGGAGAAAAAGGCAAGGAGAAAAAGGCAAGGAGAAAAAGGCAAGGAGAAAAAGGCAAGGAGAAAAAGGCAAGGAGAAAAAGGCAAGGAGAAAAAGGCAAGGAGAAAAAGGCAAGGAGAAAAAGGCAAGGAGAAAAAGGCAAGGAGAAAAAGGCAAGGAGAAAAAGGCAAGGAGAAAAAGGCAAGGAGAAAAAGGCAAGGAGAAAAAGGCAAGGAGAAAAAGGCAAGGAGAAAAAGGCAAGGAGAAAAAGGCAACGAGAAAAAGGCAACGAGAAAAAGGCAACGAGAAAAAGGCAACGAGAAAAAGGCAACGAGAAAAAGGCAACGAGAAAAAGGCAACGAGAAAAAGGCAACGAGAAAAAGGCAACGAGAAAAAGGCAACGAGAAAAAGGCAACGAGAAAAAGGCAACGAGAAAAAGGCAACGAGAAAAAGGCAACGAGAAAAAGGCAACGAGAAAAAGGCAACGAGAAAAAGGCAACGAGAAAAAGGCAACGAGAAAAAGGCAACGAGAAAAAGGCAACGAGAAAAAGGCAAGGAGAAAAAGGCAAGGAGAAAAAGGCAAGGAGAAAAAGGCAAGGAGAAAAAGGCAAGGAGAAAAAGGCAAGGAGAAAAAGGCAAGGAGAAAAAGGCAAGGAGAAAAAGGCAAGGAGAAAAAGGCAAGGAGAAAAAGGCAAGGAGAAAAAGGCAAGGAGAAAAAGGCAAGGAGAAAAAGGCAAGGAGAAAAAGGCAAUGAGAAGGCAAGGAGAAAAAGGCAAUGA